UUGUCUCGUUAAGAUGACGCAGAAGUUUUGUCCCCUGCCCCCUUUAUCCCUUCGGAUGAGCCCUUCUGAAUGAAACGCAGGCGUGUUCUUCUCUCCAUCUACCGAACAAACUUUCGCUUUCAGUUCUGUCACGAGCAUGUGGAAUGGCGUCUAGUUCAGGAAACCGACAUCUGCAAAGACAACACAAAGAUCUCCCAGACAAGGAAGCCAAUAACAUGACUGGUGUUCAAAGAGGAUGUGGAAGUCUAUCUCUUGACCGACCUAAUAUGAGUGAUUUGAGGAUUGUUCUGCUGGGGAAGAAUAUAACAGAAAACAACAGAGUGGGAAACUUCAUCUUAGGAAGAGCAGCGUUUGAGAGUGAAGCACCUGCUGAUGUAGAGCUGAACAUUGAGAAACACAGAGGAAAACUGAAGGACAGAGACGUCACAGUCAUCAACGCUCCUCACCUGCUGAGGCCAAAUCUGUCAAUCACUCAGAUCACACAGGGAGUGAAAGAGUGUGUGAAUCUGUCUGCUCCUGGACCUCAUGUGAUCAUACUUGUACUGCAGCAGAACGACUUCAGUGACAAUAACAGACAUAGAGUGAAAUAUGUGCUGAAUGAAUUUAGUAAGGAGGCUCCUAUACACACUAUAGUGUUGACUGAUGAGAGAGAGAUAAACAGUAACUGUAUUCAUCAGUUAAUAAAGGAAUGUGGAGAUGAACAUCUUCAGUUUGAUGAAAGAAAAUCAGGUUUCCACUCUGAGAUACUUGAAAGAGUGGAGAAGAUACUCAAAGAAAACCAGGUCCAAUUUCUUAUCUCUGACUUGUAUGAGGAAGCAGGAGAAGAAACAUCAGAAGAUGGAGAGAAGAAGAGAUCUGGAGGUUCAGUCACAGCAGAAGAAGAGGGAGAUUUUGAUCAUGAAGAUGAUGGAAAUAUCAAACAGAGAAACAAAGAGAAAAAGGAAGUCGCUGUCCAAAGGAAAACCUUGUUCAUGGCAUCCUCCAGUGGUCCAUCACUAAAUCAGGAGCUCCAGUGCUCCAUCUGUCUGGAAGUGUUCACUGAUCCAGUCACCACUCCAUGUGGACACAACUUCUGCAAAACCUGCCUGGGCAAGUGCUGGACAAACAGAAAGAUCGGUUUCUGUCCAUUCUGUAAAGAAGAAUUCAGCAAAAGACUUAAUCUCAAGAUUAAUUCAACACUCGGAAAGCUUGUGCAACACUUUAAUAAGCUUAAUCAAAAAUCUAAAGUGUUCUGUGACUUCUGUGAUGAAAGAAAGCAGAAAGCUGUGAAGUCCUGCCUGACGUGUCAAAGCUCUUACUGUGUCUCUCAUCUGGAGCUUCAUCUCAGUGUCCCACGUCUAAAGAAACACACACUGAUCAACGCUGUGGAAAAUCUGGAAGAUUAUAUAUGCCAGAAACAUGAGAGACCUCUGGAGAUGUUCUGCAGAGAUGAUCAGACGUGUGUUUGUCUGUUCUGCACUGAAGGAGAACACAGGACUCACAACACUGUUCCUAUAGAGGAGGAGAGUCGAGAGAAGAAGACACAGACAGAUGAGCAGCAGAUGAUCCAGAAGAGAAUGAAGAAGAUUCAAGAGAUCAAACACUCAGUAAAGCCGAGGAAAACUCUCGUCUCCAAUGACUGUUUCCUUACUUCAUCUCGAACCAUCCACAUUUCCAACUGGAUGGUUAUUGGUCUGGGUGUCCUGUUGGUAGCAGCAUUAAUCAUCCUGCCUAAACAACAUACUAGAUGUCAGUCUGAGCAGCUGAAGAUGAAGGAACAGCAAAAAGAAGCAGAGAAACAGGGUGAAGUUCUCAUUAAAAAGCUGCAGCAGGAAAUCACUGAGCUGAAGAGGAAAAACACUGAGCAGGAGAAGAGAAAUACUGAGCAAGAGAAGAGAAACACUGAGCAGGAGAAGAGAAACACUGAGCAGGAGAAGAGAAAUACCGAGCAAGAGAAGAGAAACACUGAGCUGGAGAAGAGAAACACUGAGCAGGAGAAGAGAAAUACUGAGCAAGAGAAGAGAAACACUGAGCAGGAGAAGAGAAACACUGAGCUGGAGAAGAGAAACACUGAGCUGGAGAAGAGAAACACUGAGCAGGAGAAGAGAAACACUGAGCUGGAGAAGAGAAACACUGAGCUCUCACACACUGACGAUCAUCUCCACCUCAUACAGAUGUACCUGAACAGCCUUUCACUCACCAAGGACUGGACUGAGAUCAGUAGUGUCUCUGAUGUGAAUGUGAAAUCUCUGAAAAGAGUUCUGAGUCAACUGAAGAAACUGCUAAAUGAAAAACUCACUGUGUUGAAGUGGGCUCAGAAGUUUGCAGUGGAUGUGACUCUGGAUCCUGAUACAGCGAAUCCAUAUCUCAUCCUGUCUGAUGAUGGAAAACAAGUCAGUCAUGGAGACAUUAACCAGGACGUCCCAGAAAACCCAAACAGAUUUGAUGGCUGGUAUUGUGUUCUGGCAAAGCAGGGAUUCAGUUCAGGGAGAUUUUACUUUGAGGUGCAGGUGAAGGGAAAGACUAAGUGGGAAUUAGGAGUGGCCAGAGAAUCCAUUAACAGGAAGGGGAUGAUCACACUGAGUCCUGAUAAUGGAUACUGGACUGUGAUUCAGUGGAAUGAGAAUCAAUAUGCAGCUCGUGAUAAUCCAUAUGUCUCUUUAUCUCUGAAAGUGAAACCUGAGAAGGUGGGAGUGUUUGUGGAUUAUGAGGAGGAUCUGGUCUCUUUUUAUGACGUGGACUCCAGAUCUCAUAUCUACUCUUACACUGGUCAGACUUUCACUGAGAAACUCUAUCCAUAUUUCAGCCCAUACUUUAAUGAUGAAGGUAAAAACUCAAAGCCACUGAUCAUCACACCUGUCAACUGAAACAAACAAAAAACAUCAAAUCUGAAAAGAUUAAAUAUGGAUGUGAUGUUUUUAGAAUAUGUAAAUAAAAAACAAAGAAGAAUUUGUAGAUUUUACUUACAAAUAUAAAGAAAAUUAAAAUGUGACACAAGUGCAAAAAAAUGUAUAUUCAGGCCUCAGAAAAAAAUCAGUCACUGACAAAACAUGAACUAUAAUGAAAUAUUUUAGAGUUAUAUGUACAUGUAAAUGGCAAAUUUGUUACACAUCUAUAUAUUUCUUCUGUCUUUCAUUAAUACUUUGAUUUUCAAAUCGACUAUGAAAUUGUUUCUAGCAAGUGUUAAAUUCUAUAACUGAUAUUGCUUGUAAUCUAAAUUGCUUGCUGUGGGGGAAAUUUUGAGUUUCUGUAUAAUUUACAUAUGAUUUUACUUAUAUGCUUAUGGUUAAAUGAUUUUGUUAUUCUCUGAAGUGUUUAAGUAUGCAUUCUUUGGGUGACAAGUGGAAAGCACUGAAGUGGUAAACAUGUUCCUAAUAUGGUAAAAGGACAGAGGCUUCAGCCUUGGAGGUCAGAGAUAUAAAAGUGAGGGGAAGCUUUCGUUCUUUGUCUUACACUCUGCAGCUACUUGUGAGCUUGUCGACUGUUUGACCUUUCUUGCAAGAAAUAAAACCUUUAAAGACAA